UAUAUAAGCAGGUUCUGACGCCAGUCAAUGCCAUUUCGUGUGGUUUGCUUGUAUCAUUUGGUACGGUUCUGUGUAAUUAUUUUUGUAUAAAAUUUGGUUUGAUUUGCGUUGCAGAUAUAUUCUUCUAUAAAUUAUUUCAGCGCACUACUCCAGAUCUUGAACCAUGCAGAUCUUUGUAAAGACACUGACGGGUAAAACCAUCACCCUAGAGGUCGAGGCUUCAGACACCAUUGAAAAUGUGAAGGCAAAGAUUCAAGACAAAGAAGGAAUUCCUCCAGACCAGCAACGUUUGAUCUUCGCUGGUAAGCAAUUGGAAGACGGGAGAACUCUCUCAGAUUACAACAUCCAGAAGGAAUCCACACUCCAUUUGGUGUUGCGACUCCGAGGAGGAAUGCAGAUCUUUGUAAAAACAUUAACGGGUAAAACCAUUACCUUGGAGGUCGAGGCUUCAGACACAAUUGAAAAUGUGAAGGCAAAGAUUCAAGACAAGGAAGGAAUUCCUCCAGACCAGCAACGUUUGAUCUUCGCUGGAAAACAACUGGAAGACGGGAGAACUCUCUCAGAUUACAACAUCCAGAAGGAAUCGACACUGCACUUGGUGUUGCGACUCCGAGGAGGAAUGCAGAUCUUUGUGAAGACUCUGACUGGUAAAACUAUUACUUUAGAGGUUGAAGCAUCCGACACGAUAGAAAACGUGAAAGCUAAGAUUCAAGACAAAGAGGGCAUUCCUCCAGACCAGCAACGUUUAAUCUUCGCUGGUAAGCAAUUGGAAGACGGGAGAACUCUCUCAGAUUACAACAUCCAGAAGGAAUCGACACUGCACUUGGUGUUGCGACUCCGAGGAGGAAUGCAGAUCUUUGUAAAGACUCUGACUGGUAAAACCAUCACCCUAGAGGUCGAAGCAUCCGACACAAUAGAAAACGUGAAAGCUAAGAUUCAAGACAAAGAAGGCAUUCCUCCAGACCAGCAACGUUUGAUCUUCGCUGGUAAGCAAUUGGAAGACGGGAGAACUCUCUCAGAUUACAACAUCCAGAAGGAAUCCACACUGCACUUGGUGUUGCGACUCCGAGGAGGAAUGCAGAUCUUUGUGAAGACUCUGACUGGUAAAACUAUUACUUUGGAGGUUGAAGCAUCCGACACGAUAGAAAACGUAAAAGCUAAAAUUCAAGACAAGGAAGGAAUUCCUCCAGACCAGCAACGUUUAAUCUUCGCUGGUAAACAAUUGGAAGACGGGAGAACUCUCUCAGAUUACAACAUCCAGAAGGAAUCGACACUGCACUUAGUGUUGCGACUCCGAGGAGGAAUGCAGAUCUUUGUGAAGACUCUGACUGGUAAAACUAUUACUUUGGAGGUUGAAGCAUCCGACACGAUAGAAAACGUAAAAGCUAAGAUUCAAGACAAGGAAGGAAUUCCUCCAGACCAGCAACGUUUGAUCUUUGCUGGUAAACAAUUGGAAGACGGGAGAACUCUCUCAGAUUACAACAUCCAGAAGGAAUCCACACUCCACUUGGUGUUGCGACUUCGAGGAGGAAUGCAGAUCUUUGUGAAGACUCUGACUGGUAAAACUAUUACUUUGGAGGUUGAAGGAUCCGACACAAUAGAAAACGUGAAAGCUAAAAUUCAAGACAAGGAAGGUAUUCCUCCAGACCAGCAACGUUUGAUCUUCGCUGGCAAACAAUUGGAAGACGGGAGAACUCUCUCAGAUUACAACAUCCAGAAGGAAUCUACACUGCACUUGGUGUUGCGACUCCGUGGAGGAAUGCAGAUUUUUGUAAAGACCCUGACGGGUAAAACUAUUACUUUGGAGGUUGAAGGAUCCGACACAAUAGAAAACGUGAAAGCUAAAAUUCAAGACAAGGAAGGAAUUCCUCCAGACCAGCAACGUUUGAUCUUCGCUGGUAAGCAAUUGGAAGACGGGAGAACUCUCUCAGAUUACAACAUCCAGAAGGAAUCCACACUCCACUUGGUGUUGCGACUUCGAGGAGGAAUGCAGAUCUUUGUGAAGACACUGACCGGUAAAACCAUCACCCUAGAGGUCGAAGCAUCCGACACAAUAGAAAACGUGAAAGCUAAGAUUCAAGACAAGGAAGGAAUUCCUCCAGACCAGCAACGUUUGAUCUUCGCUGGCAAACAACUGGAAGAUGGGAGGACUCUCUCAGAUUACAAUAUCCAAAAGGAAUCGACACUGCACUUGGUGUUGCGACUUCGAGGAGGAAAUAGGAGGAACGAACUCUUAACUAACUGCUGAGAGGAAUGUUUCUGUAUGUGAUGUCUAGUAAAAUUGAUAGUAUUGAUAGCGUUUCUGUUACUUUUUUAUGUACAUUUCAUGUUCUAUAUAACUCGGUAUCAGUAUAUAAGUAUUUCGUUAUUUGUAUCUAAUGGCAAGAAUGGCAAAUUGUAUUGAUCCUAUUAUAUAUGUGGACACAUUCUUGUAAUUUACGUAUAUUCAUUAAAGGAUUAUAAACGAACUGGUGUUAUAAAAAUGGUUGAUUGUAUGUGCUAAAUGUUUUCACAUGUACGCUUGUACAUAAUGUAUCAAAAUUUUAUAAUAAUGGUAAUUUUAAUAAUUAUUAUUUUCAAACAGUA